UCCUGCAGCCUCUCUGUCAGCGCGCGUGCUCCGUGCGGGAUGUUAAAUUGUAGGCGAUGAUGGCGGAAGGGGAGCAACGUUGAGUUCCAUCUGAGUUUCCACCACAGCUGUAGAACCGUCUACAACAUCGUUUCUCUCCGUCGAGACCUAUCCCGAGGCGAUGGGCAACGAGGCCAGCAUGGAGGGGGAGGGACAGCCGGGGCAGGCCGGCCCCGCCGUCCCUGCAACAGCAGGUGCUCCGGCUUCCAUUUCAGCACCACCGGACUCUGGACAGCUCAUCAAGCCGAGCAACGGAGCGCCAGCCGGAGGAAGCGGCUCUGCGUCCGGCCCGGGGAUUAACAGACCCCCUCCAUCAGACCCUGGACCAAAAGCUGGAGUCCAGAGCAGCCAUGGGACCGGUGACAGGUUGGCCUCUCACGACACCCCUCAGCACACUGCGCCUCAAGGAGAGCUGGGCCAGGGUCAUGUUUCCAGGAAGAAUCUGCAGGUGGACUUGGGUGGCAGUAGGACUGGAAGGUCUCCUUCUGUGUCCCCAGACCGAGGAAGUGCCCCCACCUCCCCUUACUCUGUGCCUCAAAUCGCCCCGAUGCCCAGCAGCAAACUGUGCCCAGUCUGCAAAACCACCGACCUGAUGGGCACGGGGAUGACAAGCAACACCUGCACACAGUGCCGCUCCAAGGUGUGCAGCCAGUGUGGCUUCAACCCCAACCCCCACCUUACAGAGGUACAAGAGUGGUUAUGUCUGAACUGUCAGAUGCAGAGAGCACUGGGAAUGGACAUGACCACGCCGCGCUCCAAAAGUCAGCAACAAAUCCACUCUCCUUCACAUUCCCCCAAUCCUGAACUUAAACCUGAUCUUUCAAAUCAGCCUGCACCCCCAACACAAGCCCCCCAUCAAAUGCAGCCCCAAGCACAGGCCCAUCCUGCACCCGGCCCCACCAAACAGACUGGUCCAGCUGGCCCCGGUCAGCAGCAACGGAAACUGCCUCCAGGGGCUGUCCCUCUUCCCGGGAUGGCAAAGGCUCCGUCCCAGCCUGAUCUAUCUCGAGGCUCUCCCGCUCACCAAGCCCAGCAAACACGCCAGGACCAGACCCGCAGUGCAGGGAGUUCCCCUUCUCGACAACCCCCUCCCCCUGAACAGACCUUUGGGAAGUUGUUUGGCUUCGGUGCGUCUCUUCUUAACCAAGCCACCACACUCAUAUCUGAGACCACUCAACCUCAACAGCAACCCCCGAAACCAGCUCCUAAACCUGGGGGGUCACCUGGUCUGGGUCCUGGAGCUGGUAAGCCUUCGGGACCACCCCCUACACAACAAGGGCCUCGAGCUGCUGCACAACAACAACAACAACAACAACAUGCAGCUCCAGACUCCUCGAAGCCUAAAACCUGCUGUCCCAUCUGUAAAACCGCCCUCAACAUCGGUAACACAUCAGAGGAACCCAACUACAACACGUGCACACAGUGCCACUCCAAAGUGUGCAACAUGUGUGGAUUCAAUCCCACUCCACACCUAGUUGAGGUAGGACUCUGAGUUG